AUGUGUUAUAGAUUCUCUUUUGCAUUGCAGUUUUUUUUGCUCACGACAGUUAUAAGUCAGCUGAAAAUGAGCUUACACGAUUUAGACAUUAGCAAACAUAAAGAACAAUAAUGAUGAGACGAGGACAUUGUAAUUGUGAAUACUGUCUAUUUUUGAACGACUACGAUUUUUUUUCCGGCUAAACGCAUGAUUAUUAUUUUUUAUAUCGCCUCUCACCGCCUUGGGAGAUGUAACACGACUGUUUACAAUAUCGUGUCGGGCGAGCCGGCCAAACUUUGUGCAUUGAACGUCACUGCGUGAAGCAUUUCGGCCGUGGCGUAACCAAAUAUCCAAGAUGGCGGCAUGUAGUCGGCUAGAGAGGAGCAGUCACAGCAUGGACAAGAGCAUUACUCUCCCGCCAGAUGAGAUUUUUCGGAACCUGGAGAAUGCCAAGAGGUUCGCUAUCGACAUAGGGGGGUCUUUGACAAAACUGGCCUAUUAUUCUACAGUUCAGCAUAAAGUUGCCAAGGUCCGGUCGUUUGACCACUCUGUGAAGGAAACAGAAGAUGAUCCUCUCUACGAGAUCUCGGUGCAGGAGGAGAUCACAGCUCGCCUACACUUCAUCAAGUUUGAGAACGCCUACAUAGAGACCUGCCUGGACUUCAUCAAAGACCACCUGGUCAACACCGAAACCAAAGUCAUCAAAGCCACUGGCGGGGGUGCUUACAAGUUCAAGGACCUGAUUGAAAAGAAACUGAAACUGAAGGUGGACAAAGAGGACGAGAUGUCCUGUCUCAUCAAGGGCUGUAACUUUGUGCUGAAGAAUAUCCCCCACGAGGCUUUUGUGUACGUGAAGCAUGCCGACUCCGAGUUUCGGUUUCAAACCACGCAACCCGACAUCUUCCCUUACCUGCUCAUCAACAUCGGCUCCGGCGUGUCCAUCGUCAAGGUUGAAUCGGAAGACAAAUUUGAACGCAUUGGAGGAAGUUCAAUUGGAGGUGGCACAUUCUGGGGUCUGGGAGCUUUACUAACUAAAACCAAGAGAUUUGAUGAGUUGCUGCAGCUGGCCUCCAGAGGACAGCACACCAGUGUUGACAUGCUGGUGAAGGAUAUUUACGGAGGGGCCUAUGGGACACUCGGCCUGACUGGAGACCUGAUUGCCAGCAGCUUCGGCAAAUCAGCCACAACCGAUAAAGAGUUCUCCAAAGAAGACAUGGCCAAGAGCCUCCUGCAUAUGAUCAGCAAUGACAUUGGUCAGCUUGCCUGUCUCUACGCCAAGCUGCACAACCUCACUCGAGUUUACUUCGGGGGGUUCUUCAUCCGAGGACACCCUGUGACAAUGCACACCAUCACCUACAGCAUCAACUUCUUCACCAAGGGGGAAGUCCAGGCUCUCUUUCUCAGACACGAAGGCUACUUAGGGGCGAUUGGAGCCUUCUUGAAGGGAGCAGAGGAGGACAAUCCUAACCAGUACAGCUGGGGGGAGAAUUACGCUGGGAGCUCUGGCCUGAUGAGCGUGUCUCCUGAUCUGAACCCCAUGCAGCGGGCCCGCAGUGGAACGUUCGACAUGCUGGAGAUGGAUCGUCUGGAACGCCAGCUGGUGAACCUGCCCCUGCUGCAGGACGCCUCCUCGUACAUCCCGGACACCAUGGACCUGACCGAGGACGCCGUGGCUCGUGAAUACUGGCUCUACUGCUUCGAGGAGGCGCUGGGCGGGGUGGUGAAGAGAGCCAUCGCCAGCCAGCCAGACCUCCCACAGGCCAAAGAGCGAGCAGAGAAGUUCCGCCAGAAAUACCGACACAAGCUACAGACCCUCCGGCACCAGCCUUUUGCCUAUGGGUCCCUCACUGUCAGAAGUUUGUUAGACACAAGAGAACACUGUCUAAAUGAGUUCAACUUUCCCGACCCCUAUUCUAAGAUCAAGCAAAGAGAGAAUGACUUAGCACUGAAGUACUUCCAGAAGGUUGUGAAGUCUCUGGAAGUGCUGAGCUGGGAGGAGAGACAGUUUGCCCUGGUUAAGGGACUACUGGCUGGGAAUGUGUUUGACUGGGGAGCCAAGGCAGUCUCAGAUGUCCUUGAAUCUGAUGCAGGGUUUGGAUUUGAAGAAGCAAAACAAAAGUUGCAAGAGCGCCCUUGGCUUGUGGAUUCAUAUAAUGAAUGGAUUGAGAGGUUAAAGGGUCCUCCUCACAAAUGUGCCUUAUUUUUCGUAGAUAAUAGUGGAAUAGACAUCAUUCUGGGAGUGUUCCCAUUUGUCAGAGAACUUCUCUGCAGGGGAACAGAGGUUGUGCUGGCAAGCAACUCUGGACCAGCGCUAAAUGAUGUGACAUACAGUGAAUUACAGAUACUGACAGAACGGAUAGCAGCCAUGGACUCAGUCAUUCAGUCUGGGAUCAAGGAUGACAGAUUAAUUUUAGUUCAGAGUGGCUCCAGUUCACCGUGCUUGGACUUGAGCCGCCUGGACAAGGGGCUGUCCACCGUGGUGAGAGAGCGGCACACGGACCUGGUGAUCAUUGAAGGAAUGGGCCGCGCCAUCCACACCAACUACUACGCCACCCUGCGCUGCGAGAGCCUCAAGCUGGCCGUCAUCAAGAACUCCUGGCUGGCCGAGCGGCUGGGGGGCAAGAUCUUCAGCGUGGUGUUCAAGUUCGAGCAGCCCCCCCAGUCAUGAGGAGGCGCCAUGGGAUCGCCCACCUCUCCAGCACCCUCAGACACCCUCAGACAGCCUCUCCCUCUCUCGCGCGCUCUUUUUCAUCGCUGUGGGGGUGGUGUGUCAAGGACUUCUUUCUUGCAGUUUGUUCUAUCAGGUGUUCAGUUUUCUUUUGCACGAUGGAACAAAAUGAUUUAGUUAAUGAAUCUGACAUCUGUAAUCAGCAGGCUUUAGUUAAACUGCGUUAUUGUACCUGAAGUUGUUUUUUUUUUCCCAUGUGAAAACUGCAAAUAUUAAAUUUGCAGAUGAAUGUGUCCUGAAGCUGAGAAGGGCCUAAGAAGGCAAGAGGCUGAGAUAUUUUCACAGCUUCCUUAGUGUCUUCAAGCUUCAAAAAGGGAUUUUGUUUUCUGUUAAUCUUUUUUUUCUCAGCAAUACACCAAAACGUCUUGCUUUCUUAGGGUAUAAUGUUUCCAGUGUCGAGUGCAAUUGUUGCUACGAUGGUGUCUCUCCUGCUUUAGAGUAUCAAUUUCAUUUUAAUGGAUCCCAUUUUCUUAUCUGCUGCGGUGCAGGGUGUGAUCUGUUCAGGGCCAGAUGACCGUAGUUUCAACCCCGCCAGGGUGACUUUGGCACAUGCUGUUCAAGUAGUUUAUAUACCCAAGCCAAAUCCUGCCAGCUGCUUCUCUAGUGCUCAUCAUCCAUUCUGCUUGGCCAGACUUUUUGAUAUCAGCUUUUGAAGGGGACAGUUCUGAAGUGGUUGAAGUCCCAGAGCAAGUGAGUUAAAUAGAUGAUAAUUGAGAGACUGUUAUUAGCUUGAGUUUUAAAAGUACUUGAACAUUAUAUUAUUUGAACCUGAUUGUAAUUGUUUCCCCUCAGUCUGAGUGUGGUUAUGCCCGCCCACUGUAAGCAGUUUAAUUUUAGACUGGAGCGUGUUUUUUUAUUGUUAAAGGGUUUUCUGGAAUGUGGAAACAGAGCAACUUUAUAUCUUUGGUUUAACUUGCCACGGCAGGAGAAAGCAGGACGUCUUCUUGAGAACAUGUAGCCAAUAUAGUGAAUGAAGAAUCUCAAUGUCUGGAGACCACUGAUGACUGAAAGAUCACAUCUUUUGCUCUUUAGUAAGGUAUUUAAUAAGAUAAAGAAAGUAUGUGUUUGUAAACGUACCAGUCAGAUGAAACACUUUGUGUUAAGCACUAAUUUGUACUGGUUAAUGUGCCUUGCGGUUUUGGCAAUGUAGUCUUACAAGAGAAGUUUAAUUCUUAUUUCCCCCACACCUCAGCUUAUAUGUAUUAAGUAUUUUUUCCAAAUCGGGGCAUUUUUUAAAGUUGCAUUACUUAACAGUUCUUCAUUCAAUUUGUCAGCACGUUUCUUUUCUGGCUUGGGUUUUAAGAAACUGCAUAGCUCUAUUUUUUGGGUUACAGUCUUGUGGAUUUAGACAGAGAUGUUCCACCCUAUCAGUAAGUACUGCACAAAGUCUUACAGUGCUAGUCAAGCCAUGCUAAAUCCUUAACAAUUGUAAGCUGUUCAGUUCGCUCCUUAGCCCACAAGGUGACAGUGUUUCACUAAUGACUCCUGUUGCACUGUUAUAUCGUUAACUUCAAUGUGAUACUAGUUGACUUCUUUUCUCCAAGCCAGUAGAGGGAAAGUAAUUCUCUUUAAUAAAAGUUGGAUGUUUAUUAAUAUAACAUAAACCUUUUUUCUUUAAUCUGUCAGUAGUAUACAUUUUUCCAGGGAGUUAUUUUUAUAACAAGCUUAUUGGUGCUUAUGUAUCAGCAUUAAAACUGGUGGGCUGUUUCACAUUGUGUUAUUGUUUAUUCCCAAAUUGCAGAUCACAGCACUUUAAUCUCCUCUGAAAGCUGAUAUAAGCUUCGCGUGGUGAUUUUCCUUCAGGGCUGUACAGGAUGUGGAGAACAAUAUUGCCUCAUUAUCUCAGCCAGGUGUGCUUUUGUCUUUGUGUUUCUCUGUUUGUAUCAGUCAUUUAAUUUCAGGUCUUGACUUUCAGGCUGCGAAGCUGACUUGAAAUCGGAGUUUGAUCAGUUUGCACAACACUGCAGUGUGCUUUUCUUUUAGCGUUGAAGAACAGUGCUUGCACAGCACCCAGGACAUUUGUCGGCUUUUGUGAGCAAAGCAAUAAGAUAAUACACAGAUAUUGUUGGGGACUGUUGUAUUCAGAUGGUUAGCAAAAUUAGAUGUGUUUUUGUGAUCAGAAAACAUAAUCAAGACCAAAAUGAUGUUUAAAGUCAAAUCUUUUUCCUUUUAAAUACUGAAAGUUCUCAAAUGUUUUGUCACAACUCACUUAGUGAGAUUCUGUAUAAUUGUUAUAUAUAUAUGUAUAUAUACUGUAAGUGUGUACAUAUAUAUGCUUCAUUUCACAUAUCUUGAAAUAUGUUUAUUUUAAUUUUUUCAGUGUUUGUGUAAAAAUAAAAAUCAGCUAUGUUCUUUGAC